UGUUACUUCCACCCUCCGUGACAAUACGUUCAGUAUGCUUACCCUGAUCACUCGACCAGUCGUAUCGGUACCUUUCCAGUUGGGAGCAACGAGUCCGUUAUUGGCUCGCUCGUUCAGUACGCCUGCGAAACCGCUAGCUUACUUGGAUGGCUACGCCCAGCCCACUUCCGCCGUGCAGCGCGGGUUGACCUUCCUCAAGCUCAACCGUCCAGAAGCGAGGAAUGCCAUCAAUUCGCAGAUGCUCGAUGAGCUCGCCGAAGCCGUCGAAAUUGUGCGCGAGGAUGGCCGAACUCGUACACUCAUCCUCCAGUCUACCGUCCCUGGGGCCUUCUGUGCAGGCGCGGACUUGAAGGAGCGUCUGAAUAUGACCUCUGCCGCUUUUCAUUCAUGGCACACGAAGCUGGGCAAGACUCUGCGGGCGAUCGAAACUCUUCCCUUCCCCGUGAUUGCAGCUUUGGACGGUUUGGCUCUCGGAGGUGGCCUCGAAGUGGCACUGUGCGCCGAUCUGAGGGUCGCCGGACCUGGGGCUACGAAGCUUGGUCUGCCCGAAGUGAGGCAUGCCAUCAUACCUGGUGCAGGGGGGACGCAAAGACUAAGCAGACUGGUUGGGCCAGCGCGUGCCAAGCAUCUCAUCUUGACCGGCCGCAUCUUCGAUCGCAUGUACGCCUAUGAGCAGGGGAUAAUAGAUGAGCUAGCUCACGAGGGUGUACCGCAGGGGGAGAAUGCAGGUGCCAGUGCCGGCUACGAGGCUGGUCUGAGACAUAGCAUAAAUCUGGCAGCCGAGAUGGGCAAAGGAGGCCCGCUGGCAUUGAGAGCCGCCAAGCAGGCGAUCGACAAAGGUUAUCAGAUGGAUAUAGGCACCGCCUUCGACUGGGAGAAGGCACUGUACCAGACACUGUACAACACGAACGACCGAAAGGAGGGCCUGAUGGCAUUCAAAGAGAAGCGGCCAGCCGUCUACGAGGGCGAGUAAGCUGGGACAAGCUUGCCUUUAUCGUUCCCUUGGCUCCGCCCUUGCAUCAUACCACCUGUGCGGCUCUGACUCAACCUUGAAUAUACGCUCUGGCAUUUCCAACAAUCA